CGAGCAUUCUUUUUGAGGUUACGUUUUACGUUGAUCAGCAAUCAAAAUUUGAUUGACUUCUAUUUAUUACGAAAUAUUCACAACCGAAAUGUCUGGAUUUACUCAAGAUAAUUCAUUUUGGGGUCAGCAGAAUGAGCAACCAUAUCAGUCUAAUAAUUUUUAUCAAGCAGAAUAUAGUCAAUUUCAAAAUCAAAACUUAGAUUUCAAACCAUUGGAAGAUUAUGGACAGCAAGUUUACAGCCCUGGUUUUACACCCAUGCCUAAUAUGCCCUACAUGGAUACUAAAGAAGUGGUUUCAGAUGAAUUUGAUGAACCACCGUUAUUAGAGGAGUUAGAAAUAUAUCCUGACAGAAUUUUAGAGAAAAUAAAAGUAGUUCUCAAUCCUUUUCGAAGCCAUUGCUUGACAGAUGAUGCAGAAUAUUUGACUAAAGAUGCUGAUCUUGCAGGACCCAUUUUUUUUUAUUUAGUGCUGGCUGUAUGUUUAUUUCUAUCAGGGAAUAAGCCACACUUUGGAUAUGUCUAUGGGGUUACAGUGCUAGCAUCACUACUGAUGUAUGGAUUAUUGUCCUUAAUGACACUUGAGGAUGGGGUGUUCACUUUUACGACUGUUUUUAGCAUUUUAGGUUAUAGUGUUUCCCCUAUUGUUGGUUUAUCUGCUAUUGGAAUAUUCUUUUCCCUUCGCGGGUUAGUUGGCAUAGUUUUAUCAAUCAUUGCAGUCUUAUGGUGCUGCUUAUCUGCAUCUAGGUUAUUUAUUACCAUAUCUGGUGAUAAAGAGCAGCAACCUCUCAUAGCUUACCCUUGUGCUCUUGUAGCAGGAAUAUAUAUUUUAAUGGUUGUGUUUUGAAGAAAUAUUCAAAUUUUUCAACUUAAGAAGUCAAUAAUCUUCUCCACUGAUUGAUUGAUUCCAACUAUGGCUGGUUAAUUAUAAUAAACCAAGUUGUUUAAUAACAUGAGAAUGGUAAAUUACUUCCUUUAUAAUAAAAUAUUUAUAAAUAAAUAAAUAUAUAUUAGAAAUUA